AUGCAGUUUGCCCACUUUUUUGAGAGAAAAAGUAACCAGAGAAGCUGCUUCCUCAUUGGCUGGGAGUCUAGUGGCCCCGCCCCCAGCCAUGUAUUUAUUCAGGUGUUGGCAAAGCGCAGCCUCAGCAUCAGUGACAGCAGCACCCAGCAGCAUCCCAAGCACCCAGGAACCAUGAGGCACAGCAGCAGCCGGCACCCUGUGGAAGUGCAAGGGAUCGGACUCAUGCACCAUGGCAGCCACAAGACGUACAUGUUCUCAGUGCUUUGGUCGGACCACAACAAGGUCCUCAUUUACAGAACGAUGGAGGAGUUUAAAAAGUUCCAGAAAGAACUGAAGAUGAAAUUCCCAUUAGAAGCCGGCGCAAUGAAGAAAUCAGAAAGGACAAUCCCCAAGCUUAAAGAUGCCUUACGUGGUGGGUCUAAGAGAAAGGACUCCCGAAAGUACUUAGAGAGACUGCGAAAGCUGGAAACCUACUGCCAGGCGUUGCUAAGGCUUGACGCCAAGAUCUCGCAGUGCCCCCUCCUGGUGCAGUUUUUCACCCUGCACAAUAACGACUUGAAUCCAUCCUUCCCAGAAAACAGUCUGGUGAUAAUGCCCUCCGACAACAAGGAAGAGAAGAGCAUCUGCCCAAAUCAGAAUUUUAACGUCUCCGGACCACUUGUCUCCCUGACGUAUCGCUGCACUGCUGACUUUGAAACGGUCGACCUGAAAAAUAAGCCAUUCAGAGCAAAGCAACACCAGUUGCUGGAUGUGUUGGUGAAAGAAAGCACAGGGUGGUGGCUGGUUGAGAAUGAUGAUCGGCAAAUUGCCUGGUUUCCAGCACCUUACUUGAAGGCCCACAGCAAUACUGAAGAUGGCUGCAGAAAGCAAGAAUGUCAAGAUCAAGGAACCUUUUGUGUUGUACUGAAAGCCUACGAGGCCCAGAACUUUGAUGAAAUUUCCAUUGGUAUCGGAGUCAUUGUGGAAGUUUUGCAGAAAUCCGAUAAUGGCUGGUGGCUGAUCAGGUACAACAGCAGGACGGGAUAUAUCCCAUCCAUCUACCUAAAGCCAUACAGGAAUCCAUGUGAGAAGUUCCAAAACAUUCUUCGACGAGACAUGUACAUCUCUACACCAAAUCUCUAUGAAGAGCGAGUUGGAACCAAGAUGGAAGAUAGAGACCGGUCUCAGUCUGUGGGCGAUUCGUCAGUUACAUCUGCUGAUAUCAGGUCUUCCAUGGCUUCUGGAAUGGACAGUUCAAGUUCGAGUUCACGCUCAGUCUCUGACGGCGAGUCGUCAGCCGGUGGCUCUAACACAUCACUCUCAGCUGCUGAUCCUGGUGCUCCUAAAGUUCCAGCAAGGCCAAAACCAGAUGAAAUUUUCCAGAACUGUAGCACCGUGACCAAACGCACUGUGCAAAAAUCCCUGUUCAGGCCUCAUCUCACUGAGGUUCUGGUGGAAGCUCAACUGCGAAGCUCAGAGGGGAAAGAAAAAUAGCCAAGUCAGAUAUGGUCCUUUAGACAAUACAUUAUCUUGGCAAGAAUUUUACUUAAGUGAAAUUGAUUGGGGAUCUCUCAGGUACAUGUGAGGUCCAUUUAAUGUCCAUUGUAGGCAUGAAUCUAAGAAGCAGUAAAGCUUAAAGUGUAGUAGAAUUUUCUCUACCCCAAUGAUUACAAGUGGCCAAUAGCAGUGAUAUAUGGAGGGGUUACUAAAAAGACAUCAUAUAAAUAUAUAUAUGUGUGUGUAUAUAUAUAUUUAGUAGCAACCCACAAUCACAGUUGGGCUAAUACAGUAAAGGUUUGGCCUUGUGAAGCCAACGCUGGUGGUUUUGUUCCUUUGCCCACCAAGAUGAAGCAAACGUUAGGUCGGACGAAUGCCUAUGGCACCAUGCAAAGUGUACAACAAGAACUAGUACCUACACUGAGUUCUUUAGAACCCCCAUGAAUAGGUAACUAGAGCAGAAUUACAACCAGGGACCACACACCAAUAGGAGUAGGCUUUUGUCAACCUGUCCCAUUGAGUAGUGCCCUUACUAUGACCAGUCAUGUGACCCUGUCAGUGCUACUCCUAGGAGCAUGAGAGGGUAAGACUAAGCAGGGUCCUUAAUGUAGGCUGAACAGCUGAUAUUGCUUUGGGUGACCGGGUAGCUUGUCUCUCUACUGAUGACUAUGUACUUUGUAUCAAGGUAUUAUUAUAUAUAUAUAUAUAUAUAUUAUUAUAUUCAUGUUUAAGCACAGAAAUCUAAGUACAAAUGCUUUUUAUUAUAUUUAAGCGGCGUAAUUAAGCAAAUAGAAUGGUAUCUCUAUAUCCAAAGCCCUCAAACAACAGUCGAGUAAGGAGAAAGCUGAUUGGCUGAUGUGCAGGACAAUGAUAUGUAUUGCUACAAUUCCAAGUGUACGGUGUUUAGUAACCAUACAAACACAAAUAUAUAACUUUAAUCAGCAGGCCGCAGUGCUGUCAGUAUGGUUGUGUAUAUCGAUGCAGCCACGUAACUCAGUGAUCUCUGUGUGACUUCUAUAAUCAGAAAUAAAACUGUUAAAUAAA